ACGCCGAGCCAGCGCGGAACCUCGGUGCUGGGCCCUGGCUGCCGGGGGACGGGGAAGCACGCGGGCCUCCUUCCGCCGCCAUGUGGCCGGGCGUCACGUUGCGCAGCGCGGGAGCGCGCCUGCUGGGCGCCACCGGCUGCCGGGGGUCGCGGGGCCGCAGUGCGCCUGCAGCCGCCUCCGCGGUCUAUUCAGAGAACCAGAUCAGCCGGACGUCACACAAUAAACCGUGGAUUGAUAGUGCAUGUGGAAGCAUGUAUUUCAGGCCUAGUAGGAUGACUUCUGCUUGCCUGAAGGGCGUGAGAGCUCACAGGCUGCUCUGGACCAGACUGCACAGCGCCUCGCGGAGCUCUGUGGACAGGGAGGGGCUCAAGGUCUUCCUGGCCCUGGCUCACAAGUGGUGGGAUGAACAAGGCGUGUACGCACCUCUUCAUUCGAUGAACGCCCUGAGGGUGCCGUUUAUAAGGGACAAUCUUUUAAAAGCUGUUGCUAGUCACCAGCCAGGAAUACCUUUGUCAGGGAUGAAGAUUCUUGAUGUUGGCUGUGGUGGUGGAUUGUUAAGUGAACCUCUAGGGCGGCUUGGGGCUUCAGUCCUUGGAAUCGACCCUGUGGAGGAGAACAUUAAGACAGCACAGCACCACAGGACAUUUGACCCUGUCCUGGAUCAGAGGGUCGAAUACAGAGUGUGUUCCCUGGAAGGUAUCGUGCAGGAAUCUGCAGAGACCUUUGAUGCUGUGGUGGCUUCUGAAGUCGUGGAGCACGUGCCCGACUUAGAAACAUUUAUCCAGUGCUGCUGUCAGGUGUUAAAACCUGGUGGUUCUUUGUUCAUUACUACAAUCAACCGGACGCAGCUGUCCUAUGCUUUAGGAAUCGUGUUUGCAGAGCAAAUCGCACACAUUGUACCGAAGGGUACUCACACGUGGGAGAAGUUUGUCUCACCUGAAAAGCUAGAGAGCAUUCUGGAGUCAAACGGUCUUUCAGCUCAGACCAUAGUAGGAAUGCUCUACAAUCCCUUCUCAGGCCGCUGGCGUUGGACUGAAAACACCAGCCUUAACUAUGCCGCUCAUGCGGUGAAAUGCAAGGCCCAGGAGCGCGAAGCCCCUGUUCCGUCUGCUUGCAAAGGAGAAGAGGCAGGGGCCCGAGCUGAAGCCUCUGCCAGCGGAGCCGUGCUGGAAAGCUGAAGUGACGCAGUUUGAAAGCCUACUGUCUGCACGUACAGAAAACAUACACAUUUCAUCGCCUGAGCGGACGUCUUGAAGAUAAAGUAAAAACAAAAGGCCAGUGGCCACGGGGUGCAUGCCCGGCUGCGCACACACAUCACGGCCUGAAAGGACCCGGGUUCAAGCUCCGGGUCCCCGCCCGCAGGGGAAAGCUUCAUGAAGCGAGGCUGCUCUUCCCCUCUCCCUCUCUCCCCACCUUUUCCUCUCCCGUUUCUCUCUGUCCGUGUCCAGUGAAAUAAAGACCUAGAGGAGUGGAUUAAAAGCUUUGCCGGCCUGAAAGUGACAGCGGCAGCGAUGACAGCGCAUUGCAGCGGGCACUGAGCGGCCGGCUCUUCUCUCCGUGCGAGACACAGUCGGGGACUCGGGGACUCGGCCGGCCUUCGGGCUCAGCCUCCUCAGCGCGACUGUCCCCAGGUGCAAAGCAAGCGGACUGACAGAACACCACGCGGUUUCCUUAGGCUCUUAAACACCGGGUGUCCGCAGGGGGGAAGGAGGCAGGGCGGAGCGCGGAAACAAGGCCGGCCCAGCUGGGAGACCGGGGGACAUACUUGGUUGUCUGUCUGUCCGGUGGGGGUGGCACACGGACCUUGCUGACGGGAGCUGCGGCAAAAAUAGAAAUGAGUAACGUUUCGUUAUUUCAUCUAUCUGCUACUUUCAAAGGACCAUUUUAUAGAUAAAAGAGUUGUCGGGGCCGGGCGGGGGCGCAGCGGGUUGAGCGCAGGUGGCGCCAAGCACAAGGACCGGCAUAAGGAUCCCGGUUCGAGCCCCCGGCUCUCCAUUUCUCUCUGUCCUGUCCAACAACAGCUGCAGCAAUAGCAACAAUAAAACAACAAGGGCAACAAAAAAUAGGAAAAAUAGCCUCCAGCUGCUGUGGAUUCGCAAUGUAGGCACUGAGCCCCAGCGGUAACAUUGAAGGCAAAAAAAAAAAAAAAAUUAAGAACGGGCUAAAUCUUAGAUUUAAAAAAUCUCGUCAGAAUCUUUGUGAUCUAGGAGCGGAGGUUCCUCAGCUUGACUUAACAUGGUGGGCCUGUUGUACUGCAUGUUUAUGAUAUAGCUUCCUAGCAGCCAUAGUCGGAUGUUUGUGUGCAUGUGCUACAAUGUUUUAAAGAAGUAUGUAUUUUUUUAUUUUGGUUUUAGUUAAAGGUGAUUGAUGCUUCUGACUCAUGAAAACAAAUACAGUUUUAUACCACUUGCAGCACAAAGAUAAUAAAUAAGAAAAAAAAAACGGUAGAAACAGGGUGGAGGUAGGGGGUUAUGCAAAGUACGGUUAAGCAAAGAGAUUCUCAUGCCUGAGGCUCCAAAGUCCCAGGUUCAAUCCCCCACACCACCAUAAAUCAGAGCUAAGCAGUGCUCUGGUUUAAAAAAAAAGAUAGAAACAAGAAAACUAUCAACAUGCCAAUAUGUACUGACCUCUUUUAUUAAUUUACAGUGUGACUGUUAGAACUGUAAGAUCCUUUCUUACCCAGGAUUACCCAAUGAGAUACAAGUAACAUGGUAACUACUUUGCAUAGAAAAUGCAUCAUGACUACACACACACACACACACACACAUCUCCUGACAUUGUGGUGUGCAUGAAAAUCGAGCAAAAUAAUUUAUUGUGAGAUCAAUAGGCCUGUUGUAUCCCAAUGAGAAGAGGCUACAGGACAUAUAAAUAAGCCACUGUCUAGAUGCCAAAAGGCAACAGUUGGACUCCAAAGGGAAAAAAUGAGUUCUCAAGGCGUUGUGGUUACAGAGCUGAGGACUCGGGUGGAGAGUUACAAAGUCAAUACGGACGGUGGCUGUUCUCACUCCAGCUAGACGAGAACCCCUCUUGCUGGUGGGGCGCCUCACGGACACAGGGCUCAGUCAUCACAUACAAUUCCACUCUGUCUCUUAGCUGAGAGAGAAGAGGG